AUGAGGAAGCAGAAACAGGAAAGGCAGGAGGAAAGAGGGAGAAAGGACAGUGAACAGAAAACCAUGGGAGAUGUCUCAGGAAGCUUUUUACUCAGUGGAGGGACUUUGGGGGUUUUUGUCAUUUCCAAGUAUUUCACCCUUGUUUUGUCUCUGCCACCUUUGGGAUGUAUUUGUGCAGCAGCUUGGAAUGUGGCUGGUGGUUGCCUAUGCUUCUGUCCUUCCCCAGACUGUUCCUUGGCUAGAAAGAGAGUGUGUAGCAUUGAGGAAGAGAAUGAAGAGCCUAAGAUUGUGAACAGUAGGUUACAGAAGAGUCUGGAUGCGGAAAACCAGAAUUAUGUUGUCCUAGGACCCUGGAUCUGUGCGCGUUCUGCCUGGAGUCGCAAGGAACCCGGCCUCUUUACUGCUUUGCAACUAUUUCCUUGUGCCACCGAUGACCGUAUUUGUCAAGGAACUCCUGACAGAAUUGCUACAGCAGUGAAGUUUCUACAGAAUUCCCGGGUACGCCAGAGCCCUCUUGCGACCAGGAAAGCAUUCCUUAAGAAGAAAGGGCUGACAGAUGAAGAGAUUGAUUUGGCAUUCCAGCAGUCGGGCACUGCUGCCGACGAGCCUUCGUCCUUGGGCCCAGCCUCACAGGUGGUUCCUGUCCAGCCCCCUCACCUCCUUCCUCAGCCACAUAGCUCUGGAGGCUCCCGGUGGAGGGAUUAUGGUGCCUUGGCCAUCAUCAUGGCAGGAAUCGCAUUUGGCUUUCACCAGCUCUACAAGAAAUACCUGCUCCCCCUCAUUGUGGGCGGCAGAGAGGACCGGAAGCAACUGGAGCGGAUGGCAGCGAGUCUCUCGGAGCUGAGUGGCAACGUGGCCCAGACAGUGACGCAGGUCCAGACGACUCUAGCCUCUGUCCAGGAGCUACUGAUCCAGCAACAGCAGAAAGUCCAGGAGCUUGCUCAUGAACUGGCCACCGCCAAGGCCACCACGUCGACCAACUGGAUCCUGGAGUCCCAGAACAUCAAUGAGCUCAAGUCGGAGAUCAACUCCUUGAAGGGUCUGCUUUUAAAUCGGAGGCAGUUCCCGCCCUCACCAUCCGCACCCAAGAUCCCCUCCUGGCAGAUCCCAGUGAAGUCUCCGUCCCCCUCCAGCCCUGCAGCAGCUGCGAACCACCACAGCAGCAGCGACAUCUCACCUGUCAGCAAUGAGUCCACGUCGUCCUCUCCCGUGAAGGAGAGCCACAGCCCUGAGGGCUCCACAUACCACCUGCUGGGCCCCGCCGAGGAGGGUACUGGGGUGCUGGAUGUCAAGGGCCAGGUGCGGAUGGAGGUGCAGGGCGAGGAGGAGAAGCGGGAGGAUGAGGAGGAUGAAGAGGAGGAUGAGGAUGUGAGCCACGUGGGCGAGGAGGACCGCCGCGGUGGAGACGGGCAGAUCAAUGAGCAGGUGGAGAAGCUACGGCGGCCUGAGGGUGCCAGCAACGAGCAUGAGCGGGACUAG